AUGCGUCUUUUACCAACGCUCGCCACCGCGCUCCUGUUCGCGGUCAAUGUGACAGGAAGUCCGGCCGUUGGUUCAGGCCCAGCAGAAUCCGCCACCCCUGUCGCGAAUAUUGUGGAGGAGACCACCCCGGCACCCUCCGCCACUCAAGCAAACAAUGUCAACCAAGCCAAUAACGCCGCGGCCGAGAGUACUCCUGCCGCCAACACAGUCGAAGCCGCCAACACGCCUACUACUGCUGCGGCUGCGGCUGCAAACGAUGAAGAGACUACUGCACCUGCAGAGACCGCUGACCCGACUAUGGCUAACCCCGUGGAAUCAGCGGUCGGCGGCAUAAAGACUGCUCUUGGUGAUACUACGAAAGAAUCAACCGAGUCAGCCGCUGCAACCGCCCCCACUGAAACUGCUGCUAAGUCGGCUGCUGAGACGACCUCCGCUGCCGAGACUGAUUCCUCCGCUGCCGAGACUACUUCCUCCGCUGCCUCUGCUACAGGCACCUCGAGCACCAAGUCUACCAGCUCUGAUAGCAGCUCCGAUAGCAAGCCUGAUAUCGCGGGGGAGAUGAAAUCGGCAUUAUCGGGGUUGCUCGGUGGUAGUGGCAGUGGCGGCAUUGGGGACCUUAUCAGUGGCCUUGAAAGUCUGCUGAGUCCCAGCUUCUUGGGUAACUUCGCCGACACCUUUGAAUAUCUCUCUACCGGUCUAGCACCCCCGGUCGACAACCAGAUCCGAACCUUGGUGGGCAAUGCCAACGACCUCCUGACUUCAAGCUUCAUCAAGAAGACUGGCAGUCUCAUUGACAAUGCCAACACCCUCUUGACUGAGGAGAACACCAAGGAGAUUGGCACCCUCCUCAAAGUGGCCAACAAGCUGUUGUCUGGUCAAUUUAUCGACAAGGUGGACAACCUCAUCGACAACGCCAAUAACCUCCUCACCGCCGGCUUCGUUAAGAAGACCAACAACAUCAUUGACAAGGCCAGCCCUCUUAUCGACAAGGCUGGCCCUCUCAUUGAGGAUGCAGGUGGCCUACUUACCGAGAAGAAUGUUCACGCAAUUGAAUCACUCCUGACAAACGCCAACACGCUGCUCACUGCCACAUUUGUCAAGGAGACCGGCAACCUCAUCGGCAAGGCCAGUCCUCUUAUCGACGACGUCAGUGGUCUGCUCACCGAAGGCAAUGUCAAGGCGAUCGAGUCACUCUUGGCUAAUGCCAACAAGCUGCUCACACCCAGCUUCAUCUCCACCACCGGCAAGCUUAUCAAACAGGCUGGUCCCCUUAUCAACCAAGCCAGCGGUCUCCUCACCGAAGGCAAUGUCAAGGAGAUCGAGUCGCUCUUGGGCAAUGCCAACAAGCUGCUCACACCCAGCUUCAUCUCCACUACCGGCAAGCUUAUCAAACAGGCUGGUCCCCUUAUCAACCAAGCCAGCGGUCUCCUCACCGAGGGCAAUGUCAAGGAGAUCGAGACUCUCAUCGGCAAUGCCAAUAGCCUGCUGACUACCAGCUUCGUCAACCAGACCACUAGCUUGAUCGACGAAGCUAGUGAGCUCUUGAGUUCGGAUACGGUUGACAGCCUGAAGUCUCUCCUCGUCCAGCUCGCUCCUAUCAUUCCCGAGCUGAAGGGUCUGCUGAAGCCAGCCACUAUCAAGGCAAUCGAGAACGUGCUUAACAACGCCAACAAGCUGCUCACGGACUCUUUCGUUAAGGACACCAACACCUUGAUCACCGAGGCUGUCGCCCUUCUGACUCCCGACCUAGUCAAGGCUCUGAAAUCGCUCCUCAGCGAUCUCACUCCACUGAUCCCCGAGUUGAAGUCGCUGUUGACCAAGGAGAUGAUCAAUUCGAUCGAGACCCUUCUGAACAACGCCGGAGACCUGCUCACGUCAGACUUCGUCAAGGACACCAAGGGCCUAGUCGGCGAGGCCGGCGACCUCCUCACUCCGGAGGUGGCCAGUGGAUUGAAGUCGAUCCUGAAGGACGUCAUUCCUCUACUGCCCGAGCUCAAGUCCCUACUCAACAAGAGUACCAUCACAGCCAUUGGUUCUCUUUUGUCCAACGCCAACACCUUGUUGACCCCCAAGUUCGUCAACGAGACCAUUGGUCUGGUCGACAGCGCGGACGACCUCUUAACCCCAACAAUCGUCACCGGACUGAAGGAUCUCCUCGGCGACGUGGUCCCCCUGCUCCCCGACCUCAGAAAGUCUCUGCUGAACACAACAAUCAUCACCGACCUGGGAUACAUCGUGACAAACGCUACCACUUUGCUCACGCCCGCCUUCGUCGAGGAUACCACCGACCUCGUCGAGAACGCCGAUGGCCUCCUCACCCCCAAGGUGGUCACCACGCUCCAGGAGAUUCUUGGAUACGUACCCGACUUGUUGCCCGAGGCGAAGAAGUUGCUCAAGCCUUCUGUUAUUUCGGAUGUUGGCGCGCUCUUGGAGAAUGCUCACGACCUCCUCACUCCUAAGUUCGUUAAUGAGACAACGCUACUGAUAGAUGAUGUUACAAGCUUCUUGCCUUUGGUUCAGGAAUUGCUCAAGGCGCUGUGA